AUGGGAGUCAUGGGAGAACAGCCUCACAUCCUUCUCGUCACAUUCCCUGCUCAAGGUCACAUAAAUCCAGCCCUUCAAUUUGCCAAACGUUUAGUAGCCAUCGGUGCACAUGUCACCUUUGCUACAAGCAUCGGUGCCGCCCGUCGGAUGUCCAAAACCGGAACUUAUCCUAAAGGCUUGUCUUUUGCUUCCUUUGAUGAUGGUUCCGAACAUGGGUUCAGACCCAGUGAUGAUAUCGACCACUACUUCACCGAGCUCAGGCUUGUUGGCUCAAAAUCUCUGGCUGAACUUAUUGCGGCGAGUUCCCAAAACGAGCGACCUUUUACGUGCGUUGUUUACUCCAAUCUUAUACCUUGGGUGGCAAAGGUGGCACGGGGACUUCACCUUCCUUCAACACUUCUUUGGAACCAAUCUCCUGCCCUUUUAGACAUCUUCUACUAUUACUUCAAUAGCUAUGGUGAUACCAUUAAGGAGAAUUUCGACGAUCCCUCCUUUUCUUUGAAAUUACCCUGA